AUGGCUAGUACUUAUGCUAUGCCAUCUACCAAAUCAAUGUCACCUGCCGCUGCAGUGGCAUGUAAAAUAAUUUCUGCCAUUCGUCGGCGAGAACUGAGAGAAGUCUGGACGAAGGACACUGAGCAAGAUCUAGCCUGUCAAUCUGACGAACCGCUGUAUCCUGGCAUGAUGUUCCAUUUAGCAAGAGAACGGAUGGAGAAAACAGAUCUUUGGAAGAUUAUUGAGAAAAUGCCAAAAGAAGCCAUGAUCGACCUGGAUUUGCUAUGUGAUUUAGUGCUAUCGCUCCCCAACCUAUACAUGUCCACUUCAACGCCAUUGGUCACAGCAAAGGAUUGGGAGACGAGUCCAAUCCAUUUCCAGUACUUUUCAAACCCUCCAGGCCAGCCCGGAAAGAGAAGCAUUCUUUGGGAAGCGGGAUAUACUCCUAUGUCCUUUGCGCCUGUUCAGCAACUUGCUAGCCUAUAUCCCACCGGCGGAAUCGACGGAUUCCGCGCCUGGUUAAAAAGCAGAUGUACUCUUUCUCCUGAGCCGUCUUCACAUCAUCGCGGGGUUGAUGAUAUCUGGAUUCAGUUUCAACGUACCUUCCAAGUUGUUGAUUCUAUUUUAUAUUAUGAGCCUGUUUUCCGGGCUUGUAUGCAACAAAUGCUCAAGGAGCUCCACGAGGAUGGUAUCCGUUAUGUUGAAUUCCGAUUGGUGUUCGACUUCCCAUAUCGACGUGACCGCCGUGAUCAACCCGAAUCGGAUUAUGAAGCUUUUUUCCAAGCUUUCGGUGAAGAGAUUGAGAAAUUCAAGCUUUCGCCCGAAGGGAAGGGUUUCCAUGGAGCGCGGAUGAUUUGGACGACAGUGCGCACCCUUUCAAAUCGAUUGAUUGCCGAAAAUAUGAAGGAUUGUAUUUCCAUCAAACAGAAAUUUCCGGGGUUGGUUGCGGGCUAUGAUAUUGUUGGUCAGGAGGAGAAAGGGCGAACGCUUGCAGAUUUAGUCCCGGUCCUAUUUUGGUUCAAGAAGAAAUGUGUUGAGGCAGGGGUGGAUAUACCAUUCUUCUUCCAUGCGGGGGAAUGGGUUGGAGACGGCGACGAAACGGAUCAUAACCUCUUUGACGCCAUCUUAUUGGGCGCACGGAGGAUUGGUCACGCCUUGACUCUCCACAAACAUCCGCUUCUUAUCGAUCUAGUCAAGGAGAAGAAGAUCUUGAUCGAGUGCUGUCCCAUAUCGAACGAAGUACUUCGCCUUACUAGUUCAAUUAUGACACAUCCCCUCCCUGCAUUGCUCGCAAGAGCAGUCCCGGUGGCAUUGUGCAAUGACGACCCUACGCUACUGGGAUACGGGAAAAGUAGACUUACACAUGACUUCUGUCAGGUUCUCAAUGGCUUAGAGAACGUUGGGCUUGCGGGUCUUGCGAUGAUGGCGGAGAACUCAAUAAGCUGGAGUUGUUUUGAGGACCAAAAUUCAUCCGAAUGGCUACGGGACAUUCGCGCCGGACUGGCAGGAACUGGCGUGAAGGCAGCUAGUUUGAGGGAUUGGAGGAUUGAGUUUGAAAGGUUCUGCCAGUGGGUGACGUUGGAGUUCGGCUCUGAGGUUGACAAGGAUGAUGAGGAUGAGUAACUUAAUGGCAAUGUAUUCGACGGGCUUUUCCCACU